GACUUUUAUUCCAUAGUAUGAUUCAAGUUGGUGACAUUAUUCCUGAUGGUACACUUCAAUAUGUUCCAUACACUCCUAAUGAAGAUUUAAAGGCCUGUCCUCUUCCUCAACCUUAUAAAAUUCAUCAACAACUUAAAGGAAAAAAAGUGGUUUUAUUUGCUAUUCCUGGACCUUUUACACCAGCUUGUUCUAAUACCCAUGUACCAGGUUAUAUCAAUUCAAUCGAUGCUCUUCAAGCAAAAGGGGUUAGUGAUGUGAUUUGUCUGUCAGUGACGGAUGGAUUUGUCAUGAAUGCAUUUGGUAAAAUCAGUGGGGUUAAGGAUAAAAUGAUCAUGGCUGGUGAUGGUAGUGCUGAAUUCUCAAAGGCUCUUGGUUUGGAUCAAGACUUGACUAAGAAUGGUAUGGGCAUCCGAUCCAAACGUUUUGCUAUUGUCGUGGAUGAUUUAGUGGUGAAAUAUAUUGGUGUUGAACCUGCUCGUGGAGUAACUGUAUCUGGUGCUGAAGCUGUGCUUGCCAAGUUAUAGAUUAUUUAGAUUUCUC